ACCUGAGUGGCCAACGUUCUCCUGAGCAGUUGGGGGUGGGCGAGCAGCAAAGGCUCUGUGCCAGUCCUCAUUCAGGGAACCAGAGAGCUUCUCAAGCCAACUUUGCCCAGAGCAGCCAGCCAUGCCAAGGUUCAACCAGUCCAACCCUGUGACCUUCACCCUGAAGGGCAUACCCGGCCUGGAGGACCUGUACCUGUGGCUGUCCCUGCCUUUCUCCUUCAUGUUUGCUGCCAUUCUCCUGGGCAACAGCACCAUCCUGUUCCUGCUGGCGAUGGAGUCUGUACUGGACAAGCCUAUGUACCACCUGCUGGCCAUGCUCUUGCUGGCUGACCUGGUCUCCACCCUGUCCAUGAUGCCCCAAGUGCUCAGCCUCCUUUGGUUCGGUGACCAGGACAUCAGCCUGGAUGCCUGCUUGCUCCAGAUGUUCUUCAUCCACGGCACCUCGGUAGUGCGCUCCGCCGUGCUGGUGGCCAUGGCCUUCGACCGCUACGUUGCCAUUUGCGAUCCCCUGAACUACACAACUGUGCUCACCGGCUCCUUGGUGCGCCGCCUGGGGCUAAUGGCGCUUGCCAAAGGGAUUGGGCUUGUUCUUCCCAUCCCCCUGCUGCUCAGACAGCUGACUUUCUGCCAGACAGUCAUUGCCCACACCUACUGCGAUCACAUGGCCGUGGUCAAGAUGGCCUGUGGGCACACCAGGCCUAACCGUAUCUAUGGCCUCUGUGUAGUUGUCCUGGUUGGGGGCCUUGAUUGUUUGCUCAUCGGGGCUUCCUAUACCCUGAUCCUGUGGGCUGUGUUGCGGUUGUCUUCACGUGGGGCCCGCCUCCGUGCCCUCAGCACCUGCUCCUCCCAUCUCUCAGUCGUUUUCGUCACCUAUGGCCCCGGCCUCUUUUCUGCACUCGUCUACCGCUUUGGCCGCUCCAUCCCAGUCCAUAUCCACAUCCUCCUGGCCAACCUCUACCUCCUUGCCCCUUCUGUGUUCAACCCCAUUAUCUUUGGGGUAAGAACAAAGGAGAUUCGGGACUUGGCUACCAAGCACCUGGGCCACUGCCCUGGGACAUAA